AUGACUUCUGAUCUUCCCAUCCUCACUACCACCACGAAUGGUACCUCCACCGGCCGAGUACCUAAUGGCACGGCAUCCCGAAACGCAGGUGACCCUUUGGUGCUGCCACCGGGGAUCGAUUCGAAACAGUUCCAAACCUUCAUCUGCCGCGUGCAGGACAUUGUUGGGCAGGAAAAUGUCACCAUUGUCACCUCGCCCGGAGUGUCGGACGACGAAAGCUAUCUGAACCCGAGCAAGACGCGCGACAUAUUCCACAUCCUCGACGAGGAUUACUUUGUCAGUUCGGCCACCGUGGCCCCGCGGAACGUCGCCGAUGUUCAGGCCAUCAUGAGACUGUGCAACGAAUUCGAAAUCCCUGUGUGGCCCUUUUCCAUCGGCAGGAACGUCGGCUACGGUGGUGCUGCCCCCAGGGUGCCCGGGAGUAUUGGCCUCGACAUGGGAAAGAACAUGAACCGAGUGAUCGAGGUCAACGUCGACGGUGCCUACGCCCUGGUCGAGCCUGGAGUCACGUUCCAGGAACUCCACGACUACUUGGUCAAGAACAGCCUGCGGGACAGGCUGUGGGUGGAUGUCCCAGAUCUGGGCGGUGGAUCAGUCCUGGGGAACACAAUAGAAAGAGGAGUUGGCUACACCCCUUAUGGUGAUCAUUGGAUGAUGCAUUGUGGCCUCGAGGUGGUUCUGCCGGACGGGACUCUGCUGCGGACCGGGAUGGGAGCGCUUCCUAACCCAGCUGCUGAUCCUUCGCUUCCACCUGAAGAGCAACCAAGUAACACGGCGUGGCAACUGUUCAACUAUGGAUUCGGUCCGUACAACGACGGCAUUUUCUCGCAGUCAUCUCUCGGAGUCGUUGUCAAAAUGGGCAUGUGGCUCAUGACCAAUCCCGGCGGAUACCAAUCCUACCUGAUCACUUUUCCCAAGGACAACGAUCUUCACCAGGCGGUUGAGAUCAUCCGCCCAUUGAGAGUCGGGAUGGUUUUGCAGAACGUACCCACGAUACGACAUGUCCUCUUGGACGCUGCAGUCAUGGGAAACCGUAAGAAAUAUUCGCAAUCCGACAAGCCACUCACCGACCAAGAAAUCGACGCGAUCGCCGCCGAGCUCGGUCUGGGGAGGUGGAACUUCUACGGCGCGCUGUACGGACCGGCGCCCGUUCGAGAAGCCAUGUGGCAGGUGGUCAAGGCGUCCUUCUCCCAGAUCCCGGGGGCCAAGUUCUACUUCCCCGAAGACAUGCCGCAGAACAAGGUGCUCCAGAUCCGGGACAAGACCCUCCAGGGGAUCCCCACCAUGGACGAGCUGAAAUGGGUCGACUGGCUCCCGAACGGGGCACACUUGUUCUUCAGCCCGAUCGCCAAAGUCGGCGGGGACGACGCCGUCGCGCAGUACGAGCUGACCCGGCGACGGAGCGAGGAGUUUGGGUUCGACUUCAUCGGCACCUUUGUGAUCGGCAUGCGUGAGAUGCAUCACAUCGUGUGCAUCGUCUUUGACCGCAAAGACCCGGAGCAGCGACAAAAGGCCCACAAACUCAUAGCCACGCUGAUCGACGACGCGGCGAAACGGGGCUGGGGCGAGUACCGGACACAUCUCGCCCUGAUGGACCAGAUCGCCGCGACGUACAGCUUCAACGACAAUGCCCAGAUGAAGUUGAACGAGACCAUCAAGAAUGCGCUGGAUCCGAAGGGCAUCCUGGCUCCCGGGAAGAAUGGCAUCUGGCCGCGAUCGUACGAUAAAAAUGCUUGGAGAAUUAAUGUUUGA